AUGGGAUCAUCUACUGUGCAACCUCCACCCCAAGCACAAACACAAACACAAACACAAGCACACGACCAACAACAACAAGAUCCACAACUACCUGUACCAGAAUCUCGGCAUCAGAAAUGGGCACACGCAUAUGAAACGUUUCUUCUUAGUAACGCGUCAAAACUCGCAAACAUGGAAUCCACAAUACGUUCAUUAUCAUACUUGGCCACAGGACAAAUGCAAAAUGUUGAAAUUGUAACGGAAACUCUUUAUUCAAUGCUUCAAAUCUUAGGACUUUACCAUGACCGUAUCAUCAACAAUGCACUCCAGAAACUAGCACGUAAGAAAUCAGGUGCUCUUCUAGGAGACCCACAAGCUCUCCGGCCAUCCAUGCACAAUAGAUAUACACAGUGGGCCAUGAACAAAAGUUCAGUUUAUAAGGUACUGGCCGUAGCCUUGACUCUAUUACGAAACACAGAACUAUUAUGGGAAAUGGUUGGCAAACAUGGAUUUGCAGUCACAAUUUUAGGGACUCGAAUUAGUGUGGGUAAGACUUCAGGGACUGAUGAAGCUGCGCGUGACAAAAACCGAUGGCGCACAGUAUUAUGGAUUGAAGCUAUCAAGGCUGCUUUAAGAUUGGGGUUGUUGGCUGCUUCACAUGGACGAACUGUUUUAUCAUCUCCAAUUCCUGGCCGUGAUGUUGACACAGCACGUAUUGUACGAGACCGACGUGGUAACUUUAAGGUUUUGGAUGAAGAUGAAGUUGCUGAGUAUCAGCAACGAGAACAACAGCGCGAAAUGCGGCGGUUGGCAAUGGAUGCAGAAGAACUUGCAGCGGAUGAUGCACGAGAAUUAGAAGAAGAAGAACAAAAGGAAGAAGAAGAGAGAAGAAGAAGAAAUAAGGGUAAGGGGGCAUGGUGGCGGAUGCCUCGGGUAGGGCUUGGGUUGCCGGAUAAUCCAGCGGCCGAGGAUGUUGAUGAAUUUCUAGAACGCAAAGUAUUGAGUGCGGAAGAUGUGCGCGGACCGGAGGGGUUGGUCCGACGGUUGAGUCCGGUUGGAGUUGCAGCUGAAGUUAUACAUUUGAUGCGGCCAUUAGUUUAUGCUUUUCUUGUAUAUCAGUUUAGUUUGCAACGACGACGACGACAGCAGCAGCAAGGGCAAGGGCAAGGUGUUGUGAAACGGGUUUAUGGAAGUUGGACACCUUGGGUAGUUGGAAUUUUGAUGGAAUAUGGAGCACGGCGGUUGGCAUUGAAGGAAUUACGGGAUCAAGGAUUGACAAAACUUGAAUCAGAAGAGUUUAAACAACGGGCGGGAGACUACGGCUGGUGGUUAUUACGUGGGGGGAUGUACGAAAAUUGGACUCGGUGA